UCAGGUGCAGGAAUAGGCCAUUCGGCCCUUCGAGCCUGCACCGCCAUUUAAUAUGAUCAUGGCUGAUCAUCCAACUCAGUAUCCCGUACCUGCCGUCUCUCCAUACCCUCUGAUCCCCUUGGCCACAAGGGCCACAUCUAACUCCCUCUUAAAUAUAGCCAAUGAACUGGCCUCGACUGCCCUCUGCGGCAGAGAGUUCCAGAGAUUCACCACUCUCUGUGUGAAAAAAGUUCUUCUCAUCUCGGUUUUAAAGGAUUUCCCCCUUCCCUCACAGUGAAUUUCUGCUGUGGGGGGACGUUUCUUGUUGAUUUCUAUAGUGUACUGUUCUGUGUCUUUUUUUUUCUUUUUCUUUUUUAUUUUUGUAUGGAUUUAUUGACAUUUAAUCUGUUCAAUUAGUUUAAUCAAUCUCUGUAAAGCACUUUGAUUCAAAUUGAUUUUGUUUAAAAGUGCUAUAUAAAUAAACAUUAUUAUUAUUAUUAUUAUCCUUAAGCUGUGAUUGUUGUUUGAUUUCAGGAGCAAAAUUGGGGAACAAAAGUCUAACUGCUUUGUUUUGUUCUUCUAGUUCUCAUGAGCUGUGGUGUCUGCAUGGUCGUUCGAUCCCAGAAGACCCAGUGUAAUCCAGGCUAUCAAGUUGAUCCAAAUGACAACAAUCAGUGUACAGAUGUCAACGAAUGUGCAAGCAAUCCAUGUGGAGCCGGCGUCCAGUGUACCAACACUCCAGGAUCCUACACCUGUCAAUGCAAGACUGAGGUUGCAACUGUAAUUUCAUGUUCAUGUCCAAAAAGCGUAGUUGAAGAUAUCGAUGAGUGUAAAUCCUCGCCCUGUCACCACAACGCAACUUGUACCAACACGCUGGGUUCCUACCAGUGCGACUGCAACGCAGGGUUUAACGCAUCAGCUUCGUCCACCAGACUCCAUGUAAAUAAGGCCUGUGAAGGUGAGGACUCUAAGAGUCAACCACAUUGUUGCGUUGGUCACGAGUCCUCGACCUUGUGAUGACACCAAAUUUUCCUCCCUGGAGACAUGAGAAAUUCCAACAGCUUUUCACGACAACUUGUUUCGUCUUUGUGAGCACCACUACCGAUGAUUAGAUGUUUUCCAAAUGUCCGCCACUGUGGUGGGAUUUAAAUUCCAGUUUUGGAGAUGAUUAUUGUGCUGAUUUUACCCUUGUGCCACCAACAUACAAUGGCCAGACACCAGAGUCCUAGCAAAAGGAUUUGAGUAUAGGAGCAGGGAGGUUCUACUGCAGUUGUACAGGGUCUUGGUGAGACCACACCUGGAGUAUUGCGUACAGUUUUGGUCUCCAAAUCUGAGGAAGCACAUUAUUGCCAUAGAGGGAGUGCAGAGAAGGUUCACCAGACUGAUUCCUGGGAUGUGAGGACUGUCUUAUAAAGAAAGACUGGAUAGACUUGGUUUAUACUCUCUAGACUUUAGGAGAUUGAGAGGGGAUCUUAUAGAAACUUACAAAAUUCUUAAGGGGUUGGACAGGCUAGAUGCAGGAAAAUUGCUCCCGAUGUUGGGGAAGUCCAGGAGAAGGGGUCACAGUUUAAGGAUAAGGGGGAAAUCCUUUAAAACCGAGAUGAGAAGAACUUUUUUCACACAGAGAGUGGUGAAUCUCUGGAACUCUCUGCCACGGAGGGUAGUCGAGGCCAGUUCAUUGGCUAUAUCUAAGAGGGAGUUAGAUGUGGCCCUUGUGGCUAAGGGGAUCAGAGGGUAUGGAGAGAAGGCAGGUACGGGAUACUGAGUUGGAUGAUCAGCCAUGAUCACAUUGAAUGGUGGUGCAGGCUCGAAGGGCCGAAUGGCCUACUCCUGCACCUAUUUUCUAUGUUUCUAUGUUUCUAUGUAACGGAGAACAACGUUUACAAUUGUGAAGGGUUUUCACUGUUGUCACUGUUUACACAGAUAUCGAUGAGUGUAAAUCCUCGCCCUGUCACCAUAACGCAACUUGUACCAACACGUUGGGUUCCUACCAGUGCGACUGCAACGCAGGGUUUCAGACAUCAGCUUCGUCCAUCGGACUCCGUGCAAAGAAGAACUGUGAAGGUGAGGACAUUGGGAGAGAUUGGUACUCUGAUCAUGUCGGCUGGAGAUGAUUUCCUUCCAGGGAGGGGAGUAGAGAAACCAAUGGGUUUUCAUGACAUUUUGUUCAUUUUACGAGCGCUAUCACUGAUGAUUAUUUUUCUAAAUUCCCGUUGGAGAAGAGGGAUUGAAUUCCAGUUUUGUAGAUGACUAUUGUGAUUUCAACCCUGCAUCACUGUGUGAAAGAUGCAUCUUCUAGAUGCGCUGGGAUGCAUCCUCAGUGAUGUCACCUGGGGUCAUCGGGUGUUUCGGGUCUCAUAACAUCAGACACCCUCGCCCAGGCGACCCAGCCGAGGUUGAUCAAACCCCGACUUGCAUCCCAGCAGCAACCGCACACGGAUCAGCCAUCUUAAUCCAAACUUUCUCAGCGGCUCCACUUGCGGAUUGAAUGGCCCUCUUCUUUGCCAGCCCCGUAACGCCCAACUAGUUGAGGACUCUGAGAAAAGCCUCUACAGCCCACCUCUACGGGCUCAUACCAACACACUCACAGACAACAGAGUCCUCGUGCAACAGAGAACAUCGCAGUGGCAGAG